AUGGGCCAACAAUACGCAAGCGAUCAGCCGUCAGGCUACAAUAACCACGUCGAGAAGAUCGCCCUUGUGGGAGCAGGAGGACGAAUUCGCAAGCAUAUAACGCAGGCCCUUUUGAAUACCGGCAAACACACUAUCAUAGCCAUCACUCGCCAAGAUAGCGAUAAUACUCUUCCCGGCGGUGUGACCGUGAUCAAGGUUGAUUACAACAAUCAGGAAUCUCUUGUUGAGGCACUGAAAGGCCAACAUGUCUUGAUCAUCACGAUGAAUGUUAUGGCCCCCCCGGACACACAGACUAGGCUCAUUUAUGCCGCCGCCACGGCUGGAGUGCCCUGGGUACUGCUAAACGAGUUUGGCGGGGAUCCUUAUGACGUGGAAAAGGGCAAAGAUGGUAUAGUCGGUGCAAUGAAAGUGCCAUUUCGCGACCAGAUUGAAAGACUCGGCAAGAGCAGCUAUAUUGGUCUUGUAUGCAGCUUUUGGUAUGAGUUCAGUUUCGGAGGCGGUUCAAACCGGUACGGAUUUGACUUCGAAGACCGGUCUUUGGUGAUCAUGGACGAUGGAAAGACAAAGAUAAACACCUCGACCAUGCCUCAAGUCGGUCGCGCAGUAGCCUCUCUGCUGAGACUCAAAACCCUGCCUGAUGACAAAGACGACAAGAGUCCCAGCCUUGUUGACUUUAAGGACAAGGCUGUGUACAUUUCUUCCUUCACAGUCAGCCAACAAGACAUGCUAGAAUCGGUUCUUCGCGUGACUGGUACCAAGUUGGAAGACUGGAAGAUCACUCACACCACGGCAAAGGAUUACUGGAAAUCCGGUCAGGAAGUGUUUAAGACUGGUGACGCGGCAGGAUUUGUCAGGCUGUUGUAUGCACGAGCAUUCUUUCCUGAUGACCCAGAAAACUAUGAGAGGACCAGAGGCUUACAUAAUGAGCUAUUAGGACUCCCUCAGGAGAACUUAGAUGAAUUCACCAAAAUUGGUAUGGAGACAAGACUAACACUGGCAGCAUAA